UAAAUUAUAUACGCGAGAGUCGGAGAGGGGUGAGGGAGAGAGGAUUUUCUUUCCAUUUUCAUACUGACCACGAACGACUCCCCCAAGAAAAUCCUGAGAAACCCAUUUCCAUUUUUGUACGUCUGACAGGAGAGAGAGAGAGAGAGAGACGAGAACAGAAUGAUGCAGAGGAGUCAGGAUCAACGGUCGAGAUCUGCCAAACCCACCACCGUACACGGCUGCGCUCAGUCUGGAGAUCUCCUCGCCUUUCAGAAGUUACUCCGAGACAACCCUUCUCUUCUUAACGAUCGUAACCCUGUUAUGGUUCAGACACCACUUCAUGUUUCUGCUGGUUACAACAAUGUUGGCAUAGUUAAGUUUUUGCUUGAUUGGCAAGGACCAGAAAAAGUUGAGUUAGAGGCCAAAAACAUGUAUGGAGAAACUCCAUUGCACAUGGCAGCUAAAAAUGGGUGCAAUGAAGCUGUUCAGUUGCUCCUUGCUAAUGGUGCUUUUGUUGAAGCCAAAGCAAACAAUGGAAUGACUCCGUUGCACCUGGCUGUUUGGCACUCACUCCGUGCUGAAGACUGCUCGACUGUUAAAACAUUGCUUGAGAAUAAUGCUGAUUGUAGUGCUGAAGACAAUGUAUUGUUGGAGGGCAUGACUCCUAUAAAUCAUCUCUCUCAAGGCCCAGGAAGUGAGAAAUUACGGGUACUGCUUCGCUGGCACCUUGAUGAGCAGAGAAAACGUAAAGCCAUUGAAGCUUGCAGUGAGACAAAAGCUAAGAUGGAUGAACUAGAAGAUGCGUUAUCUAAUAUUGUGGGGCUGCAUGAGCUUAAGUUACAACUCCAGAGAUGGGCAAAGGGGAUGCUUUUGGAUGAGAGGCGUAGGGCCCUUGGGCUAAAAGUUGGCCCUAGAAGGCCACCUCAUAUGGCCUUCCUUGGCAAUCCUGGAACAGGUAAAACUAUGGUAGCUCGAAUCCUUGGAAGAUUACUAUAUAUGGUGGGAAUUUUACCAACUGACAAGGUAACAGAAGUACAGAGAACUGAUUUGGUAGGAGAAUUUGUUGGUCAUACCGGACCAAAGACUCGGAGAAAGAUCAAAGAAGCUGAGGGAGGAAUUUUAUUUGUGGAUGAAGCCUAUCGACUAAUACCAAUGCAGAAGGCUGAUGAUAAGGACUAUGGGCUGGAAGCAUUGGAAGAAAUCAUGUCUGUCAUGGACAGUGGAAAAGUUGUAGUCAUAUUUGCCGGCUACAGUGAACCGAUGAAGCGUGUGAUUUCUUCUAAUGAAGGCUUUUGUAGAAGAGUGACUAAAUUUUUCUAUUUUGACGACUUUAGUUCUGUAGAUUUGGCAAAUAUUCUUCAUUUGAAGAUGAACAAUCAAACAGAAGAUAGCUUAUUAUAUGGAUUUAAGUUGCAUUCUUCGUGUACUGUGGAUGCUGUUGCAAUGUUGAUAGAGAGAGAAACCAGUGAAAAGCAGCGUAAAGAGAUGAAUGGAGGUUUAGUGGAUCCAAUGCUAGUUAGUGCAAGAGAAAAUUUGGACUUGAGGCUGAAAUUUGACUGUGUAGAUACUGAUGAACUACUUACUAUCACCUUAGAGGAUUUAGAAGUUGGCCUUCAAUUGUUAACACAAUGAGAAAUGAUUUGGUUGACAAUCAAGCCAGAAUGUGUCUCAGGAUGGAUAUGUUGCAAUCACUGCAGACGAUUUUGAAGUGUGAUGAUCUAGGUUCAACAAUUGGCAACAUACGAUUCUUGUAUAUUUUUCCUUAAAUAGGCUAGGAUAUCUAUUGAUUCCCUUUUCUUCUUCUUCUUCUUCUUCUUCUUCUUCUUCUUUCUUUUUUUUUUAUUUUUUUCUUCUUUGUUUUUUUUCUCCUGGGUCUUUGAAAAUUCUUAUUUUUUCUAUUAGUCUUUGAUAAAUGUAUCUAGCAAUUCGCCCCCCACCCCCCCUGGUAACUGGGUGUCUGGUUUGUUGUUGAUGAAGCGAUUCAUUGCUUUUGGCUUGAUUGUUUGUGUAUCAUCGACUAAAUAAUAAGCAAAGUUUUUCACAUUUUUUAUGUGGUU